GACCACUCAGUCCUCCCAUAUUGUGUCUUUCUCCGACCACCAUUUCGUUUACAGAGGCUAAGGCCGGGUGUUGAAGGCAGUGGUCACUUUCCUUUUUCAAUUGGACCACUUCACUGACAAACUCUUGAAUGAGACAAACGUUAGGAGGAGAAGUAUAUAAUAGGUAAACGCAGCACAAUCAAGAAUUUCCCCCCAAUCUCUGCUUCAGCACACGACACGCCAGUUGACUUUUUUUUCUUCCCCGCAUCGCUCAGCUCAGCUGUCGCAAAGAAAACACAGAGCGUGCCAUAGAGCGAAGAAACAAUGAGUACUGCUUCCUCUCAGAAAGUCGUGCUGAAAAGCACCACCAAGGUGUCCUUGAAUGAGCGCUUCACUAACAUGCUGAAGAACAAGCAGCCUCCACCAGUCAACAUCAGAGCCACCAUGCAGCAGCAGCACAUGGCCAGUGCCCGCAAUCGCCGGCUGGCCCAGCAGAUGGAGAAUAGGCCCUCUGUGCAGGCAGCCUUGCAACAUAAACAGAGUCUGAAACAACGGCUAGGCAAGAGCAACAUCCAGGCACGGCUGGGGCGACCUGUUGGGGCUUUGAGGGGUGUUCCAGGAGGGCGAGGAUUCCCAGUAGCAGGGCUGCGAGGGAUAACGCGAGGGGGACUCAGAGGCCGUGGUGGCCGUGGGGCAUCCACAAGGGGAGUCAUGUCCUUAAGAGGAUUGGGUCAGGCUCGUGGGCGAGGCAGCCCUGUCCGACUGGGACUACGUCGUGGCAUGAGGCAGCGAGGGGGAGUAGUUGGCCGUGGAGGGGCUCUGAUUGGCCGAGGAGCACGUGGAAGUCUUGGAGGAAAAGGUCGAGGUGGAGUAGUGGCACGAGGUCGUGGUGCAUUUGGUGGCAGAGGACGUAGCCGCGGACGGGGAAGGGGGGUUGGCCGCCCUCCAGUCACUCGGGAGCAGCUGGACAACCAGCUGGAUGCCUACAUGUCCAAGACCAAGGGCCACUUGGAUGCCGAACUGGAUGCCUACAUGGCUCAGACAGACCCUGAUAGCAUGGAGUAGAGUGACCUUAAUCCCAUCCAAAGACUUGGUGACAUGUGAACUUGCCUUCAGUAUGUAUUCAGAUUUGAAUACAGCUUAACUUCACUCUGACAGCCUGGCAUUCUGAGUGGUUAUUAGGGCAAGUGUUCUCUGACCAACUCAUGUACAUGCUGCCAAGCAACUAUGGUCACUGUGACAGGAAAUUAGAAGGAAACUUGCACAAGUGCAUGCUUACAUAUUUGGCAAGGUCACUGGUGAUCUGGUUUGGAGUGACUUGUUUUCUGACUGCAUAACCUUGUUGAGCAUACUGUUUGGCUUUGGUGCCUACAUGUGGUCAAGGAAGUCAUGCUGUCAUAGAAAUUUUUUUGUAAUGAUUCUUUAAAAUUUGAUUAGUUUCAUGGGUGUUCAGAACACGCAUCCAAUAUCUUUGGUGUGCUUGAGUGGGUGCUUGUCUGUCAUUCGGACAUCUUCAUUUAAUAGCGUGCUCUGGUUUCAGAAUUUUGCUACCUGCAAUACAUAAGGAUUGGCAACUUCAGUCUGCAGGAGAAUGGAACCCUCAGAUAAAAGCCAUUAUACUUAUGGCAGUUUAUUUGUGGAAUGAGUCCUUGGUAUGGUUUUUAAACUUUCAUUCUUUUAGGUUUUUCAAAAAAUGUCCUGUCCCCAGUGAACUGAAAGCAAUAUGUACUCAUUUCAUUGUGUGGGAAAACUCCAAACCAGGUAUUACCUUCCAGACCACGAAUUGCAUUAUGUUCUUGAAGGCAGGCAGUAUAUAUGUGGUAUGGAGAAAAAAAAAAAAAAAACUUUAAAGCACGGGAUUAAUUUGAAAUGACUUAUGUAAAAGUUUUUCGGAAAGCUCUGCAGACAUGUUUAUUUCUUAGUUUUAAAAAUUGAAUGUGGGUGGAAGUCAUUUCUGUAUAACAAAUCUGCAGAUCUCCAAAUUAUGUGGAUUCAUUACUGUGAUACAUAUAACCAUAUAUUAGAAAUGGUCAAAAUGUGGAAAAUUAAGUAUCUCUAAAU